AUGGUUUUGAAUCAAACUCAUGAACAUGGUGAUUUAACUGACAAGAACAAGCUAUUGAAUCAGGAAUCACCAACUAGUUAUAAUCCUUCUCCUAAUAGUUAUUAUUCCAACCCUUCGGACCCAUAUUUACAUCAGCAAGGGAGCUUGGAAAAUGUUAAACAACACAAUAGCAAUGAUGAGGAAAAGAUAUGUCGUUGUUGUCAUGGAGUUUUAACAAGUAAUGAUGAUUAUAUUUCUCCGUGCAAAUGUACAGGUUCCAUGAAGUUUGUUCAUCGUUAUUGUUUGGAUCAAUGGAGAACAGUGAGUCCAAAAGCAACAUCUUUCUAUCAGUGUGAUAUUUGCUCACAUCCUUAUGAUAUCAAAGAUGUGGAUGAGAAUGGUAGGGUUUUAGAUGAAACAGAAGUGAAAGAACAAGGUUGUGGUUAUAAACCUAAAUCAAUACUCAAGUUUGGCACAUUAGUAACUCUUGACUUUUCAAUCAUUCUAAUUGUUUGGCAAGUAUUGGUAUUAUUAUGUGCUGGUUUCUUUGCUUUGUGUGAUUAUGAUUAUGGAUUGAGAGCUAAAUUGUUUGGUCUGGAUAUGAAUAUAUAUCUGGUUACCUAUAUUUGUGGAUUGGUAAUGUUCUUCUUCAUUAUGGGCAUGUUAGGAUUGUGCUGUACUGGAAUUGUUAUCUUGAACAAGAUGAUGAAUGACACCUUCUGUGGGAAUUGUUUAACUAAUGACCACUAUUACUCUCAUAAUACAUACCCAUACUAUGGCAGAAGGCACUCCAGACGUUCAGCUUUGUACCAUUGGUACUGUUUUUGGCCAUCCUUGUAUGGUCGUCCAAUAUAUGGUAGUUCUCCACAUUGUUUCCCAUUCGGUUGCUUUAAUUGUGGAACUGGUUUUUCUGGAAAUUGUGGAAAAUGUGGUGAUUGUAAAGGAGAAGGUGUAUUGAUUGUUCUUGUUAUCAUUGUUCUUGCAGUGGCUAUUGUAGGAUUAGUGUUUGGUAUGAUUCUUAUGGGAUUGCUAGGCUAUAGAAUAUUUUCUAGAAGAAUUUCCGUUUUGAAAAAGAAAGACCAAGCUAAGUAUCAACAAAUUCAAAAUUACUGGCCUCUUCCUUAA